AUGCCCGAACAAUCUUCUGCAUCGGUUACUGAUUCAUGUAGUAUACAUGAUUUUGAUGAAUUACUUUCAUUAGAUGAUAUAUUUGUUGAUUAUUUCAAUGAAUUUCUUCGUUCCGGUAUGUUUGUACAUAAAUUAGAAUAUAAUCGAGAAUUAAAUACAUUUAUUGAAAAACCAAAUGAUAAAUUAUUAAACCUUACUGAUGAAAAUAUUUCAAAUAUUAUUCAAAAACCAUCAAAUGAAAUUGAUACUCUUAGUGUGUUUAGUGGCUUUUCUGAUACUAUACAAUUAGAUGAAGUACCUGAUGAAAUUAUUCAAAAGACUUCAAAUUCACAAAAACUUCAUCAGGCACAGAUUAUGGAAUGGGUAAAAAAUGAACGACUUGGCCUAUUUUGGCGUACAGAACUUUAUCGACAAUAUAAAUUAUGUAAACUUUUAUUACGACCAUUAAUUACAGAAAAAGAACCAUCUGUACAUUCCAGUCAGGGAAUUGGUGGUUAUAGUCGACAGAGUGUUUAUACAGCUGCUCGAACACUUUCAACAGAGAAUUCAAAUGCAACUGCACUUGUACGAACAGCAACUGUUGAAGAAGAUGAUGAACAAGAAGAUUUAGAUCAAAGUGAACAUUCAUCAAAUUCAAAUAUGAUGUUUGAAAAUAAUAUUAUGGCUUCAGAACUUUUACGUAUGCCAAGACCAAUUUUAAGACCAGGUAGUCGAGCUUAUUCUGUACCAGCUAAUAUAGUUCGAUCUCUUUCACUCUUCUUUCCGAAUAAUCCACCGAAACAGUCUGGAAAAAUGUCAAAAAGAUCAUCAAGUUCGAAAACAAGUCAAAGAAAAUCAAUACCAAAAGAUGAUGAAAAUAUAUCAAUAAAUGAUCCAAAUGAUCCAGGAAGUUUAUCACUAUUUAGUAGUGUUAAAGUAAGAUACUUUGACGAAUCAGACAACGAUGAAGAAAAUGAAGAUAUAACAAAUUUUGGAUUGCAAGUAGAAAGUUCAAGUAGUCAAGUUAAAUAUAAACAUCUUGGUUCACAUAAAGGUAUGCAAUCAUUUGCUCAUUUUCUUCAAACAACAAAAGGUGGUUAUGAACUUUAUCGUUUUUGGAUGGAUUGUGAAUUUUUUAAAGAUACAAUGACUGGUCUUGAUCAAAUUGAAAAUGUUGUUGCACGUACACGUUUAUUUCGUGAUUUAAAUGAUGGAAAAUAUCAUUUACCAUUUAUGCGUCAUUUACAAAAUAAAAUUCGUCGUGCUUAUGCAGAAACAGCUGGUGUAUUAACACAUGAUGUGUUUUUUCAAGUACAAUAUGAUGUUUUACGUCGUCUUCGAAUGUAUUGGUCAGCAAGAUUUAUUAUUCAUGAAUUAUUUCAACAACAUCAUCAUCAUCAUUCACAUUUUCAAUUUCCUACUGAAUUAAAACAACCAGCUAAAGUUUGUCUUUAUCCUAUUGAUCAUCGAGCAAAAGCAAAUCUUGUUGAAAUGACACGUGUAUUUCUUUCAAAUGAUUAUACAACAAAUGAAAUGAUAAUUCCUGAUGUUAGAAAUGAAGAAUUUUAUGAUGAAAGUGAAGAAUCAUUUAAUAAUACAUUUAUGAGAAAAUAUACAAAUGUUAUUCGAAAAGAUAAACAAUCUGGUGGAUUGUUUUUACGUUAUAUUACAUUUAGUGAACGUCGAUUAUUACCAUUAAUAUUAUUCUGUUAUGAUGUUGAUGAUUUUCGUUAUUCAAAUCUUGAUGAUAAAAUUCUUGAAAGUCAACAUGGUUUAUCUAUUUUAAAUACUUAUUUUGGUAAUUCAGCUAAGUUAUCUCUUGAUCAAUUUAUGCCAGAUAUACAAAUAAAUCGAUGGGUUGAAACAUUUCAUCAAUUAAAAUUUGAUAAACUUUCAUUUGAACCAUUAUUUAAACGAGCAUUACUUAUUUUGAAACAUACUUGGUUACGUUGUAUAAAAGAAGAUGUUGAUAGUUUUACAGUUGCUUAUUAUAUACCAGCAUCACCUUUACAAAUAGCUUAUGAAAGUGAAGAAGAAGAAAAAGAGAUAAAUGAUGGUGAUGGUAAUGAACAACGUUCUGGUUCAUCUGUUUCAAAACGACGACUUCAACGAAUAUGUUCACCUGCUACACAAAUUCAAAUAUCAGAUGAGACAAUUUAUAUAAAACGUCCAUGGUUAGAUCGUUUUCUUUCGUCGGCAACAAGAAAACGACAAGCAGAAUUACGAAUGGAAUUAACUGAAGAAGAACGAGAACGUUUACGUGCUGAACGACUUGAACGUUUACGUAUCAGAGAAUUAAAUCGUAAGAAAGCAUUAAAAGCAGCAAGAGAAAGACGAAGACGGGCGAACGAAAAAGGCGAUGGAAGUGGUGAACGAACUCGACGAUAUCCAGGAUUUUAUAUUGAUGAAAUUUUACCUACUCCAACUGCGUCAUUAGCAAAAGAUGUUCAACGUUUAUUUCUCAAUGGUUUACAACGUCAUCUUAAAACAAACAAAACAGCAUCACCAAAACUGGAACAUAAACUUUGUCUUGUCUUUGAAAUUGCUAAGUGGAUGGAUUUAACAAAUCCAUAUGAAAAACAACAACAUAUAGAUCGUAUGAAAAAGACUUAUUUUGAUCCUCAUUCAAAACGAAAUGUUUUUCCAUUAACUGAUGAACAAAAUGAAAUAUUAAAUGCUAAUAAUGGUCGUCCAGAUCAAAUGUUAUUUGAACUAUUAUUUCGUGAUUUACGUAUUGAGUUAGAAGAAGAAUUUGUUAAUUAUUGUGAAGAUCGUAUAAAAAUAUUUGAAAUCGAUUCUAUUGAUGAUUUUAUUUCACAACCACUGGAAGAAUUAACUGCAUUAUUUAAUCGUAUAGAAGAUGGUUUGGGACUUGAUGAUGAAGAUGAAUUCGAUACAUUAUUUGGUCCUGAUGCUGAAGCAUCAGCAUCAAAUGAUGAUGGUACUGGUAAAGCAACAAAAAAACAUUAUAGUGAAUUAUAUCAAUUAUUAUCUGAUGCUACAAUUGGUCGUUUUAAUGAACGUUUCUAUUAUUUUUAUGCAUAUUUAACACAUUGGGUUGAUGCAAAAAAAGCACCGUAUUUAGAUCAAGAUUUUUUAUUUUGUAUCGAUGUUAGUCGUUUAAAAGAAAUUGCUAAUGAUGCUACAUUACAAUCGAAAUUACGAUAUAUAAUUGAAACAUAUUUAGAAUCGACAAUCGCAACAAAUAAUUAUACAUGUCGUCUUGAUCUAACAAAUGUUGAUUUACAAGUUCGUAUGUUACGUGCAUUGCAAAAAUCAAUACAAGCAAAUAUACAUGAUUUUAGUUCGUUAGAAGAAGCACGAACAACUUUAAUUAAAGAUGUACUUGUUUAUUAUUAUGCAGGUUUUAAAGCUUAUUUAGUACGUAUGGAUUUAAGUAAAAAACGACCAAAAUAUAUUGUUAAAUUACAAGAAAAAUUAGCUCUUCAUCAACAAUUAAGUGCUUCUAGAUUAGAUAAAACAAGUACUACACGUUCUACACCAUCACUACCAAAUAAAAAUAUACCACCAACAAUACGAAAAGCACCAUCAGGUACAUCUAAACAGCAAAAAUUAGAAUCCACAGCACCAGCUGAUAUAACAACCGUGACUAAAACUCAAUAUUUACUUAAUGAAAGAACAAAAGCAUUUGAAACAUUGGCACCAAUUAAAGCUAAUGAUGUCGCUUUUCCAGAUAUUAGUAAAACAACAGGACAAGGAUCUGCAGCAACUAGUAAAUUACGUACUGCUGCUAGUCAAGAUGCACAAGGAACAAGUACAGACAGAUUAAAUAGUGAAAAAGAAAAAAAAGAACAUCGAGGACCUGUUACUAUUCAAUAUACAUUAACAAGUGGACUUAUUAUUAAAUAUUCCGAUGGAAGAUCAGCUGUUGAAGGAGCACAUAGUGGAUCUGGUGUUUCAUUACAACAACCACGAGAGAGUGUUACUUAUUCAGCAGGAAGUAUAAAUGAUUGA